CAUAAAUUGGUCAUUGAAGUUUUAGCCAUUUUUCUCUGUUAUAUUUUACAGAGAGGUUAGAGAAAUUGAAAAUGAUGUCGAUUGUAGCACGCCGAGGCUUCAAGCAGACACUAUACAGUGCAACUCGUGUGAUAGAUGCUUCACCUUCAUUUCUUCAAGGAAAAACAAAUUUUAAGGUGAUCUCAAGUACAGCAGCAUUAGGCACCAAUUUCUACCUGGAUCAAGAAACAGCAGCUAAAUUGGCAAAAGAUAGUCAGGAAAGUAUUAUCAAUGCAUCACUUGCAUAUCUUCAAGAAAAAGCAAAGCUUAAGGCAAAAACUGCGAAGGCUCUUCUGGGUGGUGCUAUAGCAACUUCAACUCUUCUUGGAGUGCCUUUGGGACACAAUGUAGGCGGCGCAUUCGCUCCUGCUCGCAUUAGGAAGGCCAUAUUGGAUGGAAGCACAAUCUCAACCACUGAAGGCAAGAAUUUAACGGACCCGCGUGUCUUGGCUGAUGUGGGUGAUGUCCCUGUCCAAGAUAUGCGAAAUUUAGGAGUCAAUGAUGAGAGAUUAAUGACUUUUAUUAGUGACUCUGUCAAGAUAGUGAUGGAUCAUUUUCCAUUGCGUCCCUUAGUUUUGGGAGGUGAUCACUCAAUAUCAUAUCCUGUUGUUAGAGCUGUCUCUGAGAAGCUUGGAGGAAAAGUUGAUAUUCUUCAUUUUGACGCACGUCCCGAUCUUUAUGAAAACUUUUCUCAAACCAUGCAGGGAAAAUUUACCAAUCGACUAGUGCAGGUCGGUAUACGAUCAAUAACAGCUGAACGAAGAGCACAAGGUGAAAAAUACGGGGUAGAGAUACAUGAAAUGACAAAUUUCGCAAAAGAGCGCGAGCAAUUAGAGAACUUGACACUUGGUACGGGUGAAGGUGUGAAAGGUGUAUAUGUAUCAAUAAAUUUAGAUUCUCUUGAUCCAGUGUAUGCUCAUGGAGUGUCUGACAUUGAAUCUGGAGGUCUUUGUUUAAAAGAUGUUCUAAGUAUUCUUCACAAUCUCAAAGGUAAUAUUGUUGGUGGAGAUGUUGUUGAAUACAAUCCGGAUCCACAAAGUGAUGCUAUCAAAAAGAUUACAGCACUUGUUACUGCUAAGUUGGUCAAAGAAUUGGCUGCAAAGAUGUCCAAAUGAUGAAUCAUGUGGUUUUCUUCUGCUUGCAUUUAGUUUUUACUGAGUCUUAUUUGAAGCAUUAAUAAAAGAUUUAGUGUGUAGAAUUUGCUUUAGGCUUUAAGUAGUCUAAGUCAAUGCACAUUAAUGUUUGUAGCUUUGUUUUUAAUUUGCUUAUUUUGAGUUUAUGACUAAAGAAAGACCUGAUGUUGGUCAAUGUUUUAUGUUUAUUAAUGCU